AACCGUUGUCCCGAUGCCAUGUCUCCGUGUUCGGCUGCGAUGUGUGAUCUAGUACAUAGGGUGUUAGUACAUAGUUUUCACUGUUGUACAUAGGCGAGUGUGUGGCGAACGGCAGCAGCAGCAGAACUACUAGAGUGUGUAGUAGCAGUUCGAGAAAGUAGUGGAAGCAACGACGUUCUAAAUGAGUGUUGCAGUCGAGCCAAGUUCGGUUUGCGGGAAAAAGGUGCAUUACUAGAGGAUAUGUAUCGGUGCUAGCCUUUUCAUCCUCUUGAAGCAACCGAUUAGGGAGGUGACGUUCGACUUAUCAAUAUGCAUGUGUGCAUGGUUAAAGUUGAACAGUAGUACAUCGUGUUUUGGCAAAGGUUGUCGAUUGGAUUUUGAUGUUUUUUUCGUGAAACUGAUAAUUUUAAGGAUCACAGAAAUUCCUGGCCGCGGCUUCUAAUCGGAUUCGGAGUGCCUCUCCUGUUGACGCUGCUUUCAGGAUGGGAACAACGUUUACAUAACCACACUGUGGAAAAGACGGAAAAUGUGCAGAACAAAGCCGGAUGGAAACUGCAACCAGUACCGCACACCGUUCCGCACCCGAUGAUGGUUUAAAGCUUUCUUGUACGCUCUGUGCUGUGCUUUUGCGUGCGAUCGGGGAGCAGUAAAAUGAGUGGUAAAUACGAUAAUAGCCUGCACGUUCUGAAGGGAAUCGAUUAUGGGCAGCAACAUUGGAGCAGUUUUUCAACGUUUUCUUUUCCGCUGCUUUCACUCAACCCAUUUCACGUCGUUGUUAGUGGUUUUUCACAUUCAAUGUUAGUAGAGUAGUUCGGUGUUACGACGUACAGUCUGAUAUAAGUGUGUGAUGUGUUUCUGGUUUUCUUUUUUCCCGACAAUGACUUACGUCUAGACGCAGAAGAAGAUGUCACCUGGUAGUGCUUCGCUGUUUGUGAUUCUAUUGAUUUCCCUUAAAAGAUGUCAUUCUGUGUGUGAUAAUUGCUUGCCGCUCGACUAAGUAAUAAAAUAAAUAAGAAGAAAGAUUCAUGUAGUAACUAGUCACUAAGAGUGUUACAUAAAUAGAUGUUGAGUGAAAUGUCGUAAAUUUAUGCAGUUAUUCAACUAAUAAUCGUUCCGGUGAGUGAGAAAAGCGGUCAGUGUUGUGGGUUUGUUUUCAGUUCUGCGAAGAAAUAGAGGAGAAAAUCAUUGCCAAGUUGUACAAAGGAAGAAGCAAUAAUACCCUUCCUUGCGCUGGAAAUGGAAAUCAAGCGGAGAAUGGCGAAGUAACUAAAUCCCCUUGAAGCAAACGGGUUUGCCUCUAGUUAAAUACUGUAGUGAUCGAUUUGUGUCGUUCUUUAUUUUUAAGUUGAGCUGUAUACAAAACUAUAGGAUUAGCAAGUUGUCGCGGUGUGGAACAAAACUCUCGCCCUUCGGUUCAAGGAAACGACAUAACGUGAACAGCGUUCAACUUUGAUCCAAUCUAAAAAUGAUGACAAAGUGACUGGUAGCCUACUCCGAAAAAGAAAACCACAGUUCGCGGUUUUCGCGGUGCGAAGCAGGUGAAAAUAAGUGUUAAGUGUAUGUAAUAUUUUUCAUCCCGAACGGAAACCUCGUGGGCAAACAUGAAACCAACGGUGGUUCUGUUCACGAUCGGUUGCAUCGUGCUGGGUGCUUCCUUCGCGGAGAGUCAAAAUGGGGCCAACAGUGACCCGGCACCCGGACGGUCUCCGGGUCCGCCCGGGAUGCAACAGUUGCCCGAUACCGAACACGGUGAACCGGUGGACGAAUUGGCACCGACGUUUAUUCUGACGCGCGAUAUCGAAGCCGAAAAUCGGUCACCGCUGACGUCGAAUGACGUUCUGGAUGCACCGGAUGUCGACGAAGGUGAGCUGGACGGUGGUGAUCCAGAACCGUUCGUAGGUGACGUCAGCAGUGAAUCGUCCAGUGUGGCUGCGGCGUCCGCCGAACGAGACACGGAAACGGAUCCCGUCAACAGUCCGUGCUCUCGUAGUGUUGAGGAUUAUUUGAAACCUGCAGACGAAAUAGUGAUGGUGGCUGCAGGUGAAGAAAGUCUGCACAUUGACGUCAUCCAUGACGUGUUCGAUGCUGCUAAUGGGAUUGUGCCGGGAGUUGUCUAUCGAGUGGAGGUCCGCCGACCGCAGCAUUCGGAUGUUCGUGAUUUUUACAUCGAAACGCUAGAGGAGGGCCCACAGCAGCAGCAGCUGUCUACGGCAGACCAUAGCUUUUCCCGGCGCUCGCACAGCAAACCUGUGGGGCGCUUUUUAGAUAGCAAUCAACUUUCCAAUUCGAUAAACAACCCCCCGGAAGCGAUACCGGUCAACCGGCCGUCAAGCACGUGGAUCGAUGACCUGGAAGCGGACUGGGCAAGCGCCCACCGGAGGGAAAAGCACGAACGCUUCUGGCAGUCGCGGAUGGAUGCGGUCCGAUGGAACUCUAUCCAGCCGAACGUUGCGGCGUACUUCGACGAGGAAGGUCCCGAAGGGUCGGACGAACUGGAUGGCCCCUUUCAGCAGCUGGACGAUUGUCCCAACAACGUGUGGCUGCAGGUUCUCGUGUUCAGUGACCACAUGGUCAUGAAUUGGACGGUGCCACUGGAGAAAGGCACGCGGAAGCUGUACAGUGAUAACGAUGCGAGCGACGGUAGCAGCGGUAGUGGGAGUAGAAGUAAUAGUAAUAGUGGUAACAGUGAUAGUCUUCGGCCCAGCGAAGAACACAAUGGAACUAUCCAUUUUAGGAUUCUUUACCGCACGAUGACUAGCAAUACCGUUUACGAACUGAAUUACCGAAUGGUGCUUUUGAAAGAAUGCAAUUUACUACUUAAGGAAAACUCGGGCUCUCUAGACUCUAGCAAGCUACCGACGGAGUUCGACAACUGUAGAAUAGGUUUCCCCACUCGGCUGGACGAUCAACAGACGCCACCGGGGCUGGUGGUACAACUGACUAGGCUCAACAUUCCCUGCCGCGCGGACGGAGGGUACCUGAGGUUCGUCGAGCCCAUCGCUGGCGGUAGUGCAGAUGGACGCGACAGUAGUGUUGGUGCGGGUGCGGAAGGGCACCUGCUGUGCGGGAAACUAGAAGAACUGCCAAAACGUGAUCGGACGUUUCACUUUCAGAAGCAUCGCAGCACGUUAGUGAUAGUGCAUAACCGACCGGUGUUUAGUUUUAACUUUAGACUAGUGGAUUAUUGUUACAAUGUAACAAUUAGCGAUAGGAACAGUUCGGUGCUGCUGAGACCACUGCGGGGUCUCGAUUGUCACUUUAGGAUACACUUGCCGUUCGGCAAUCGGGUAUCGCUGAGGUUGCUUACGAACGCAGGAGCACAGUCGGAGCCCGAAGGCUCCUCCGUUACCAACCACGAACAAAUAGAUUUAAGUGUUCCGCGGGGCGACAGUUUCGGGUCGCAGUGCUACAGCGGUCUGCACGUUGAGGUGUACGAGCAGUCGCAGAAUCGAUGGACCCGUUGCGUUACCAGUUACAGUGUACCGACGGUUUUUACGUUACUUUCAAGUGAUAAUAUCGUAGUGAUUCACGUUAGCAAGCACUUCCUACUGGCGGCGUUGGAAACUUCAGUAGCGAACGUUAGUGGUAGCGGUAGUGGUAGUAGUAGUAGCAGCAGCAGCGACGUUCCGUCGUUGCUCAUCGAAUAUGACGCCCAUCCGAUCGAGAAUGUCGUCUCACAAUGUGCCUUCGGGUGGGUAGCAAGCAGCCAGUUUUGUCUGGCAGCGUUCGAAAGCAGACAGCUCAAAUGGUUUGAAGCGGAGCAGGAAUGCAACCGACUGGGAGGACAUUUGGCUUCGAUCCGUUCGGUUUCUGACCAAAAGCUGAUCGAUCAACUUCUGCUCAAAAGUCCCAGCUACAAGGACGAUAACGCCUACUGGGUUGGAGCCUCCGACCGGACACUGGAGGGGGAUUUUCGAUGGAGUGAUAAUUUGCCGUUUUUAUAUUCUAAUUGGUUUCCCGGUUGGGUUCAACAGGGCAACUACAAUCGACAGCCCAACGACGACGGCUUGAGUGGGCAGGACUGCGUGGAGAUCCGUCGCCAUUUUCAAACACCUCCGGGUGCCUCAACAGCCGCUUCUCCUCUAGCGUUGUCCUACAUGUGGAACGAUAGGGAUUGUGAAACGAGAAAUUACUUUCUGUGCGAGCGGAUUUUGGUGGAAGAAGUUUUUGAAAAAACCUGGCAUGAUGAUUGCAAUAAAACGAUCAAGCUAACGAUGGAUCAACCGAAGGCAACAAUUUGGAGUCCGGGUUUUCCUAGGCCAUAUCCGGACAAUGCAAACUGCUUGACUGCCGUUACUGCUCCCCCCGGCUAUCGGAUAGUAUUGGAUUUCGAGGAACUUGUGCUUGAAAGUGAACCUUCAUGCACCUACGACUUUCUGCAAAUAAUGGAACCCAAUGGGAAUCACUCCGCUCCAUACACUAAAUCAUCGCGAUCUCUUCCCACGAGUCCGCUCUUUCAGACCCGUAACCCGCGUCACAGUUCCAGUCGGUUUUUUAUUCGACGGCGGAAAUCUAAUCAGAUUUUCGCGAACGAUGACAUUGGCGACCGGUUGCUGGCCAAUUUCGCCAGCAAAAAUCCCAGUCUAAUCCUGCAGCCGGAAGAUCCCGGCUACGAUUUGCGCAUCCCACCGCCGGACAUGAGCUCCGGUAGAGUUCCGCGCAAAGUUUGCGGGGAUUGGAGCUCGAAGCUGAAGCUACUCCGAUACGUCAGCCAGGGUCCGAUACUAGGGUUGCGAUUCGUUUCCGACUACUCCAACCACUUCGGUGGCUACAAAGCCAAGGUGGCGAUGGAAAAUGGAAGACAAUGGCCGCGUGGUGCCAUUUCCGAGUGCCACGACGAACGGUUCAAGGCCUACAAUGCGUCCUGCUAUUUGUUUAUCUCCUACCCGGAAGUGGACUGGAUGACGGCCCAACAGGUCUGCCGAGGGAUCGGAGCCCAGCUGGCAUCGAUAUCGACCGGCGAUGAGCAGAGAUUUAUUACGACCAACAUCCGAAACAGUUUGGACUACACACCCCGGGCCUUGUACUGGGUGGGUGGUGAGCUGGCGAGUGACACCGGAAUGCUGGAGUGGGUGGACGGUGCCAAGCUGGUUUUUGAGGGAUGGUUACCGGGACAGAAACCGGAUACGGGUCAGCUGACCAAGAUUACCGGUGGUUCCUGUCUCGGGCUGCAGUGGAGAGUUUCCCCUACGCCGAUGAUUUCUUCGGGGUUGCAUUGGAGCGCUCAAAAGUGUGGUUCGGUUGGAGGGUACGUUUGUAAGAAACCACGACCAACGGCCGAGGAGAAUAUGGCCCGGAAUCAGACCCACACUGGAACCGAGGGACGCCUAGUAUCGCCCAGCUAUCCUAAUCCUUAUCCAAUCCAGACUGAUUACUGGAUACGAUUGGUGGCUCCCGAGGGCAGCCGCAUCAUCGUUCAGUUCCAGAAGUUGGACAUUGAACAUCAGCAGGAGUGUUUGUACGAUUACGUGAGCAUUCAGAAUGUUGAGGUUUUGCCGAGUCCUCUGCUGAAUCCCGGAACGAACGCUUUCCCGAUGGCGAUGUUUUGGGAACAUGUAGAAGAUUUAUCGUCAGCGGAGUCCGUGGAUGAGCAACCCUUUCGUAAUCUUCUUUAUGGUAAUUAUUUCAACGAUCCGAGAAGUUCCCUACCGAGGGAAGAAAAGUUCCAGCGCAAGCGGUCGCUUGCUUUGAACGAUGAUAUCCAACAGAAGCUGCAAGAUAACAUCAAGCUACUGGAAAAGAUCAAUUCAAAACUGAGGGAUCGUAAGAAGCGCUUUCUCAGUUCCGAUAAUUACAAAACGGUGAAGAACAGUAAUCAGAGUAUUACCUUAGAGUCUAAUAGUUUGUUUGAGUCAGUCUCGGAUGGUGACACGGGACCAUCGUUUCUGCCCUACGUUCGGUGGUGUGGGACGCACGAUUCCAACAUGACGCGAUUCAAUUUUAUCUCGACCGGAAACGAAGCCUUUCUGCGGUUUCAUUCGGAUUUUUCCGUCUCCGGUAGCGGAUAUUCAGCCACUUGGAGUACGGUGGAUAUUACUGGUUGUCCCAUCCAGACUAUUACGUCACGCGAAGGCACAAUCGGUAGUCCGAACUAUCCGCACUUUCUGCUCAAUAACCUCGACUGCACCUACAUCAUUCAGGCACCGUUCGGGAAGAAAGUUUGGCUGGAGAUAGAUUUUUUCGAUAUUAUUCAGGACAGUGCUUUGUAUGUUGACAUCGCCGAUGGACCGUUCGAGCCAUUCGGUGACGAGCAUCACCUGAAUGACGGUGUCUUCCUCAGUAAAGGCGAACGACUGGUCGUGCGUCUGAAAACCGGUUCACUGCCCAGAGGAAAAGGAUUUCAUGCGAGCUUCAAAACACUUAGCACGGUAAUCGAGCAGCGGUCCAUAAAUCUCAAGAACAAAACGAAUGGCAAUUUAUUCUACCUUAACUACCCGCAAACGAUGCCAUCUGAAAUGGACUUCACCCAGCACCUGAUAGCACCACUCGGGGAGGUUAUCCUGCUGGAGCUGCACGGCGUGGGGUUUAGCGAGCACGGCUGCCAUAAGAACGGAUUUAUUGAGAUUUUCGACAACUACGCGGACAAGAACGGUACCUUGUGGCACCUGUGUGAGCUGGUGCACCUGAAUGCAACCAGUGCUAAAACCGGCUACUCGGCCGAAUACCAGCUAAUCGAAAACAAUCCGGCCAAGCCGGCCCCAAUCUACAUCACAUCCUACCUGAACACGCUUCACAUCCGCCAGCGAAGUGUUCAAGGGUUGGGAGUUCGACUGAAUGCCACCAUUCGGUUGCAGGCCGACAUCGGCUACAAGAUGAAGCUGAUCACCAGCGAGGAAGAGUGGGUUGAAAGCUGUAAGCCCAAUCUCUGCCAGUCGGGAGGAAAGUGUGUGAUGCAGAAGGAUCGAGGGACAUGCCACUGUCGGGGGCAUUUUACCGGUCGUUUUUGUGCGUUGAACAUGUGCGAAUUGGAACCGUGUUACUUCGGCAAGUGUGAGCUGACCCAGUCCAGCUUCAAGUGUCUCUGUCAGCCGGGAUAUAUCGGUCAGCGGUGCGAUGAGAAGCCGAAACCUUGCGAAGAUAAUCCUUGUGAAGGGCGGGGUGAAUGCCAUCCUAAGAAUAAUGGAUUCUUCUGCCGGUGUCACGCUUGGUGGGAGGGUCCUCGCUGCGAAAAGCGAAUGAUGCGAAUUCCGUACAAGCCACUAUCCGAACGUAUGCUGCAAGAACCAUUCUGGUUGGGAUUGAUUACCGUUUUUGUGGUGCUAGCCGUGAUCGGUCUGGUUUGGUGUGCAAAGCGACACUUUCCGGAGAAGAUCGAAAAGUUACUCGCUGAUGAAGCUCACAGGAAUCGAACCAACUUUCCGCCACAUCACCUCAAUACAGCCCUGCGCGAUCAGCUGCAAGCAGCGGCCACCGCUGGGACAGUUUCCUCGUCGUCAACGGCGACGACACCCGCGACUCAUCGGACCAUCUUCGGACGUUUGGGUAUUAGAAAACCAUCCAUAUUGAGCCUCAGCAGCCCUCAGCAAGUGGGAGGGGCCACCGCUAGAACAUUUUCAUUAGAUGAUCUAUUACGGCCCCCUCCUCGACGUACGCCAUCACCCCGAAAGAAACGAAACAACUCCACGCCAACCAAGAAAAAUGUCAACGAAAAGAAACAGAUACUGCAGCAGCUGGUAUCGCCUGCCCCGAACUCCGCUACCAAGCAGGUAAGCCUUGGUGAACUGAUUCAGCUGUCGGAGAACCGACUGAAGGUGAAUCACGCCGAGUCCGAAUCGGACAUUAAGGAGACCACCUUCUCCGACCAUUCGCUGUCCGUUUCGUCGAUCGUGCGCCAGAUAUCGGACCCGAAGCUCGAGAAGAAAGUUACCUUCGCACGGCUUCUCAGUAAGGUAUCCGCUGAAAUUAGCAGCGGAUCAGACGAUCUCACCAACGGAACAAAACAUUGUAGUGCUUUAAGUCUUCCGACCGAAGUUACGCAUCGCGCAAAUUCCGUACCGCAGUCGCCAAGCACAAACGAAAUUCGUUCGCCGCACAGCACUUCCUCGAACCAGGGAAGCGACUCGCUGUCCAGCUCCGAGCUUGCUUUGCAUGAUUUUGGUUUGCGGGCUCAUCGGCGGGUACGGCCGAAGGUGUCCAGUGCCGAUUCAAUUCUGGCUAUGUUUAAAAACUUUGCCACUUCGAGUGCCGGAAUAAAUCUGCCAUCGUCCAUCGUGAUCUCACCAUCCACGACGCCGACGGCGUCCAGUCCGCAGGAUGACGUGGCGGGCGAUGAUGACUCCUCGACGUCGUCCAUCCACACCCCGGUCAGCUUUUCUAGUGGCGCACCGGACUCACCCGUAUUCUAUCGCCAGAGUACGAUUGAAGUACCCGUACUCGAUGCACUUAGCGCUCACAAAACAACAUCCUCGACUACUACUACUACUACUACGCAGAUGCACCCGCCCACUAUACUGCUGGAGAUACCCUCGAUUAAUAACAAGUGCCUAUCCCCAAUUAGAGAAAUGCCAACACCAAUUCCAUCACCCGCGUUGACACCGAUCAUGCCGCGGCCGCACCGAAUUCGCUCCUCCCAGAACGCGUAUGAUGAGUCGAUGUCGGUGACGUUCAGUGGCGACUAUUCCGGCUACAAUAACUCGAAACCAAAUGAAAUCACAAUCGAAAUCAAUCACCCCGAAUCGGAUACCGAUUCCUCCACCCCGAUGAAUAUGUCCUCUCACAGCGAUUCCCUCAGCUCCAGUGGUGGUUCGACCAAGAGUCACAAAACUCCCCCCCAAACCUGUAUCUCGAUCGAUGUUCAUCCGCCGACUCCGAAACGGGAAAGAGCGGAACGGCCCCGCGAUUUGGUGAUUCCCGAGCUCAUUAUCCAACAGCCGAGCCCAACGAAGGAACGCUCGCAGGUGAUCAUGUUUCCCGGGUCGCCGCCUCCCCAGCGUGCCAGCAUCGGAGAAACCAGUUUUCUCUUCCCCAAUAAACAACAACAGAAAAGAUUGCUUAAACAAUGGGAGAAGCCAGGGUCUCUUGAUCUUCCCUUCGAGCCCCCGAUGAUUACGAUCACCUCCAAUAUGAGUGAGCUCGAGUCGGACGCAGACUGCAUGUCACCGGCAGCAACAGGUAAACCGAACGGCGCCACCAGACUUGGCGUGACCGGUAGUUCAGUAGGAAUGUGCUAUCUCAGCCCGUUUUCGAUGUGUACUCGGGGCGAUCGUGCGCCCUCUGAAAGUAACCUUAGUUCAUCCGGCUACUCUAGUAUGGCUAGUCCCGGUCCCAGUAGGUGCGGGUCCAACAAUCCGCUUUGUCCCAGUGAAAUGGAGGAUCCAGGCUCAGGCCCUCCGGGUAACGGCUAUCCUGGGUUGAGCUCUAUGCUUGGAGCGAACCGAGGUCGGCAAACAUCGAUACUGAAGAAACACAACGAUUCCGGCAGCGGUAGUGGAACAGUAGCCGGAGGUACCAGCGACAGAAACGAAUCGUCCUCUUUCCGCCAGCGAUCCGACUCGGAAACCCUCUCCGAUGAUCCUCUGCUCGAGUCGAACGACGAAGGCAUCGGCACGGACCAUCUGGACGAGAAGAUCGAAGAUGGUGAAAUCAAAAGUGCCAAAGAGCUGGAGGUUUUUAUCGGCAAAGAGUUGAUCGAGAAUGGCCGAUCUAUUCUCAACCAGGAAACGGCGUCCAUGUCGCAACUGCAGCUACCGUCCAUCGUGAUACAGUCCGAGAGUGGGUUCGAUAAACUGUCGCCGGUCUCGUCGCGAUCCGAGAGUCCCCUUAGUGAACGAACCGCCAGUAUGGAACGGUUCUCUUCUCUUUUCUACGGUAAAAAAGAUCAACAGCUUCCAUUUACCGACUCCGACGGUCUGUACGAUUUCCCUUCGUCGGACGGUAAGGGUAGCUCUACGACUCAUCACCGCAAAAGCACCGGUAGAAGGAGAGAACGACGCAGCUCACGUUCCGGACCCUCACUUUCACCUUCCAAGUCGACCUCGAUCUUACUGGAUAUCCCCCACAAGGACAGUGCCUCCGUUCAGCAUUCGGUGGGCUCCAAGCUAACUUGCACCACUCCGACCAGAAAAAGUCCCAGACGACGACCACUCUAUCGACACCCGGUGGCGAGCAGUUCCUCGUCGACCGAAUCAUUGACGUCAACUCGCGAAUAUGCACAACGAUCUAGCAAAGCAUUGGGAACACUCACCAAGGAAACCCAGCUGUUCGACUCCGACGAUGAUACUGGCGAGCCCCCGAACCUUAUCCUUCCAGCGCCGUCACCAUCAUCGUCAUUUACACUAACAGCUUCUACCACGCAACCCGAGGCACCGCCGCGAUUUGCCUGUGCCGACUCUGACCUUUUCCAGCGCUUGCUAAGCUACAAGCUGAACCGACUCUCAGCUACGACUAAGACGGCUACGACUCCGACACAACGACGCGUACCUCCGACGACUUCUUCUUCUUCUACUGGCAAGCAAAGUUCCUCCUUCGGUAGCUACUCCUACACCCGAAUCGGCCAAGUUGACGACUACAACGAAGAAGACGAUGAGGAACAGGAUGGCUACUUCGGAAAGGAUGUGUCUAGCCAAAUACUGCCCACGGUGACAAUCGAAGAUAUCAGCCGGCCGAAGAGUAAAAUUGGACGUCUUCGAGCUAUCGGAAACCAGAUUCGGUUCCUUCGCCGGCUGGAGCGAUCCAUCCAACGGAAGGACCGUCUGAUGGCGGCUUCGGACGAAGACGGUUCAUCAUCGCGGGAAUCUCCGCGGGUGACUUCUCCUCUACUAAAAGGCCAGGAUAACAGUCCAAUGGCAGGCAGCAGUCGGACCAAAGUGGAUCUGACGAUGACGACACCGGAGGGGUCCAACGAUCGAACCACCCUGCAACUGUUGACCCCCUCAAGCAUAGCCGGUACCAAGUCGCGCCAGAAUUUUAAAAUGUCCCGUCAGAAACGGAUAGCGAACAGCCGCGGGGGAGGCGGAUACGGUGAACAGCCGUGGCCAGAACGGGAGCACCGGCUGCUCGGCAGCGGUGAUGUAAAUAGUGAAUAGAAUGUAAAUAUUCCAGAGUAGCAGUUUUUUGCGUUCAACGUAUUAUCUCUCUUCCAACGGAAACCGUCUGCAAUAAGAAACCUGAUAAAGACAAAACAGAAAUUAGUACGCCAUGUUUAUUUUCAGCUAGCUGAAUUAACUUUCAAAGCACAAAUCUAGAAAUGAACGUCGUGACUUUUAGUCGUAAGUUGUACAUACGAGCUCACUAUAAUCUUAAAAGCAAAAAAUAAACGCUGACCACUUUCAGCCAUUUUCGGCUUGAAUGAGAGAAUAGGUGAAACGUCACACUGAUCAAAACUAAAAUGAAAGCAACCAAACUCUACAGCAAUACUUAGGCAACUUUUUUCUAAAAUCGACAAAUUAAAGCAAAAUAUAGCGCGUUUAGGGCAGCCUGCGACACAUUUGAAGAAGCUGAAUGUUUUUGUAUUCUAUUUUACACUGGCUACCCAAAAACAAAAUUAAAACAACAACAAAAAUCUCACUGUGCUAUCCUUAGGAUCUCGGUAAAAUCUACCUGCGUCCAGCAUCGAAACUUGCAACAUUCGAAUGUGUUCAGUUUAGUUUAGAAUCGAUUCGCACCGACACACACACCCAUCAUCAUCAUCAUCUUCUCGGCGGUUUAUCGAUCUUGUUGACUCGAGUCGACCUUCAAGGGUCUGUAAAUAAUUGGUAGUGAAGUGCAGUACAAGCUAGUGACCAUUCAGUAAGAAUUAAACAAAAUUUGUAAACACAUCAGCUCUGAACGAAAACCAAAUCAACGGCACAAACGGGAUGUAAUCUGUCGAUCAAUUAAAUUGAGACUGAUUAUAGUAGAGCACGUAAAAGGGGGAGUGUAGCGUUAAUGCCGCGAGUUGUUGAUCGAAAUUUUCAGGUUUCAUCCCAAUCAUUUAACCCCUCCGUAUGAAAAGCGUGUACUCGGAGUAGUUAUCACAUAGAUUUAUUGCCUUGUUUGUAUUGGCAGCACUGGCACCGAAGACAGGUCCUACUAUGAGGUUAUAAUUUCUUAUAUAUUUUCCAAUUUUUUCGUUCAUAACCAAAUAGCAAACAUGCAUACAUGAUUUUAUCAUGCAUAGCAUCGAAGCGGCAUACUUUUUAACUA